AACUACUUUAUUUAAAGACUACGUCGACAAAGAAACCGCCUCCAAUCGUUUCCAUUACUCUUUACCCAUUUAUUUCCAUUUACUCCGGCUUCAUCCAUCUGACACUACUCGUUUCACUCGCAGCACUCUUGCUCCAUGAAAGUCUUCACCCAAAAUUCCGGUCUUUUCAAGCUAAUUUCAAUUAUACUGGCAACAGCCAUUAUUUGUUUACUUGCAAACAAAGCAUUUGUUCAUACAGAUAGCUUAAGCGACUUGAUACGUCGCUUGGACUCUCUUGACGAAACACAAAUAUCCAGGCUCUCGGAAGCAGUUGGUGCGAGGCUCCACAACCCUCAAAUACCUCCUCAAACACCCUUGCAAAAGAGAGGUGACAAAUCAGCCAAGUCGGAAGACUCCAAAACCACCACCUCAUCAUCCAAGGCUUCUAAAACAACCUCAUCAAAAGCGUCUAAAACAUCCGACUCUAAUGCCUCCUCAAGCUCAUCGGACUCCAAGUCCAAGUCCAAGUCCAACUCAAGCCCUCUUAAUAUGACAGGUAUUCGGGUGGCCAUUGCGUUUGUGGCCAUUAUUCUCAUCAACAUGGUGGCAAUUUGUAUUCACCAUGUAUACAUGAAGCUUAGUAGCUCCGAAAGGUCCUACCGGACUGUUGAGCAUAAACUUUCCCCAUACUAGCCACUUCGGAUUAUACCGUGAGCCGGUGUAAUAAUUUUUUUUAAAAUCGGAUAAAACGUAUGUAUAAGGCUGUACAUAGCACAUCCAGCCAUAACAUACAUGAACUAAUGCAUAUCUUGACGCAC